AUGGCAUCUUCAAGCGUGAGUUCGAAAGCACUGACCCGCAAGGUUGACAUGGAGCUCAUGCCACCGCCACCUCCAGCAAAAAGGAUCAAGCGGCCGCCUGUCGUUCUGGAUGAAGAUCGGUACACUGAUGCCUUGUCUGAAAUCAUCGCUCGCGACUUCUUCCCCGGCCUGCUUGAGACGAAGCACCAGCAAGAAUACCUCGACGCUCUCGACUCCCACGAUACAGAAUGGAUCCGCGAGGCCGGGCGCAAACUCACAGAGGUAAUGACGACUCCACGUAUCGGGCGGACUCGGCGGGGCACUAGUCUCGCUACACCCACACCGCGAGCGUUCCGCGAGCUUUCCGCCACGCCCACUGCAUCGAGUAAUCCCAUGGCACCGGCGGAGGAUAGCGGGGAGAAGGGGGUGGAGAAGCCGGUUUACGAGAAGCACUUAAGUUUAGAUGCAUUCCAAUCGAAGUACACGUCCGAAGACAAUGCCUCGUUCAACGAUCUACUUGAUAAGCAGAACCAGAAGAAACGGAGUGCGUACGCGUUCCUCUGGAAUGACAACAAGAUCCCCGGCUUCCGCACGAAGGCGCAUCAAAAGCGCCUGAAAGCACAGGCGGAGAGCGAGGAGAAAGCAGGUGGCCCGACGAAAUCCCUCGCAUGGAAGGACGACCGCAAACCCUUCCCAAACACCUGGAAAGCCGAGCCGAAGAACGGCCUCAUGUUCACCCCCGACCUCUCCCCUCCACCUCCCCCCACCCUGUCGUCCACAGAAAGGGAACUCCCACCCAAGGCGAUCGCAUACUCAAACACACGCAUGCCCGCUCCUCAGCUGCAGAAACUCCCGAGCUCCCCUACCCGCUCCGUAAUCCGCGACGCAAUAUCCGGAAACCCCCGCCCGCUGCCGUCGGAGUCCCGCUUCGGCGCCAUCGAAACGCCAAGAGUCAAUGGAUAUUCCUUCGUCGACGAUGCGCCCAGCCCUUCACCUAGCGAGCUCGGUGCCCCGCCUCUAACCUGGGGAAGUCUGGCCUCCAUAUCAGACUCAACGGCGACACCCACACCUUUUAAACUCGCACCGACGCCGAAACGUGAAUUAUUGCACCAUCGGAUGGUGGAUCGGGUCGCAAAGGGAAAGCGCGCGCCGGUCAACCCUCUGUUAUCCGUUGCUACGGCCGCUACGGCCGCAGGCGGCACUGGUACAACACCGAGAAUGACGCCCUUGGGUGGGAACGGUAAGGGGCGAGAGAUCCCCACUUUCAAGAGCACCCCCCGUACGGCAUUGACCCCUGCCGGACAGAGGCUGCUGGGGAAUUUGAAGGCUGGGAGGGGUGGCAAUUCGGGCAUUUUCGGAGCGAAUGAGGGCACACCUGGGAAUGCACGGUCGAGGUUUAUGCCCACCCCCAGGGCUGGGAAGAAGUAGAUUACCUUGGCAUGUUCUUUCUUUAAAAAUCAAAAACUUUCUCUCAUCGUGUUUGUCGUGGAUUGGAGUUUGGGCCUUUUUCUUCUUUCCUUGUGCGUGUGUGGAUGUAAAUGAACUUGGGGUAGAUACGAUGGUGGAUGGUUGGAUGCAUACAUUAGUCUAAAGAUUCACGGGUUGGUCAAUUUAGCAGGCCUUCAUCUCCGGUAGGUCAAGGAGGUUCACCGCGUUGCAGGUGGAUUAGUUCGUGGAUACUCUCCAGAUGCGGAAUAGCAAGCAGCCUUUUCUUUUCCUUUUACUGAUAAAUUGUAUUGAACGAUGGUUCGGCAUUAUGAAACAUGGCUUCUGGCGAAAGAGAAAGGAAAAAGAAAACAUCUGUGCUGUCACUUGGGUGAUAGAUGAGCCCACGUAAUAAAUAGCUUGCCAUAAUAUUAUAAUAUUAUUGUUUGACAGCA